AUGGCUGCCACAGCGCCGACGGGUUCUUUUCAGGGUAAAUGCUCAAACCUUCCCUCCCCUCUCAUCAGCAAGCCUCUCCGCUUCUGCCUGCCCGAGCUGCCCUUCAAGCACAUCUCCUCCCCUCACCCGCUCUCUGCUUCCCCCGAACCCCCUCCUCCCCCACCCUCUUCUCCCCCCAGAGCAACCCCCCCAAGCCUCUCCGCAUCUGGUCGCCCAAGCCUGCCUCCGCCACCGCCCUGCCAGUGCUGCUCUUCCAACACGGCUUCCCCCUUACCCCAUCUCCCCCCCCGUCCCCCUACCGCAUCUUUCCCCCUUCCUCAACAUAGCAACCCCCCCAAGCCUCUCCGCAUCUGGUCGCCCAAGCCUGCCUCCGCCACCGCCCUGCCAGUGCUGCUCUUCCAACACGGCUUCUCCGCCCAAACUAUUUACUACUCUCGCCUGCUCUCCCGCGUCGCUUCUCACGGCUUCAUUGUCGUUGCUCCCCAGGUGGGUAGGUCAAAUAGAUCCUCCGCUCAAGCCCUCUUCUACUCUCGCCUGCUCUCCCGCGUAGCUUCCCAUGGCUUCAUCGUGUCGCGCCCCAGGGUCAUAUCCUGGCUGCGCUCUCACCUCUCCUCCACCCUGUCCAACCGCUUCAAACUCCUUGCCUCUCCCAACUGGUCGAAAUUUGCUAUUGCCGGGCACAGUCGUGGAGCCUUUCUAUCCCGUUCCAUCCUUUGCCGUCCUUUGCCGUCAUUUCUCGUCCCAUCCCAUCUGUUCCCAUCUCUCCUCUUCCCUUCCCCCUGGUCUUCCCCCUGCUCCCCUCACUUCGUCCCCCAUCUCCAAGAGCAACGUUCCCAAGCCUCUCCGCAUCUGAGCAACCCCCCCAGGCCUCUCCGCAUCUGGUCACCCAAGCCCGCCACAGCCACCGCCCUGCCAGUGCUGCUCUUCCAACACGGCUUCUCUGCUCAGACCUCCAUGUACUCGCAGCUGCUCACGCGCAUAGCCAAGCACGGCUACAUCGUCGUGGCUCCCCAGAUGUACCCUGUUACAGCAGGCUACAAUACAGCGCCAGAAAUGCGCGGUUCAGCCAACGUCAUCGGCUGGCUGCGUAAACGACUGGCGAAGGUCCUCGCCAACCGCCUCAAAGUGAAAGCCGUUCCCGAUUGGGACAAGCUUGCUAUUUCGGGGCACAGUCGAGGAGCGUAUUUCGGCCACAAGUACUAUUACUCGGAUCUUGCAGACUCGGCAUAUCAUGUGGUCAUGCCCAGGUAUGGCCAUGCUGAUUUCAACAACGAUAUGCGGGUGACGGUCAAUGUUUGCCCUGGAGGGCAGAAGAAAGUGAAAGCCCGGGUGGCAACUGCUGGGCUGGUGGUGGCAUUUCUCAAGGCUAAGCUCGAGGCUGAUUCUAGUGAUUUGGACGAUGUGUUGGCCAACCCAGGCCAUGCUCCUGUUACGCUGUCACCUGUUGAAAGUAAAUGA